AUGGCGCUAGCUGCGCAGCAUUUGUGCACCGCCGCCGUCAGUGUCAGCCAGUUUGCCGAGGCAUACGGAGCUCCAUCGCAGUCUUUAACACUGGUAGCAUGCCGCGACAGCGUGGACGUGAACCGCCACAAGUUCGCCAUGCUGGAGAUGAUGGCGGUGGUAUCGCACGUGCUGAGGACCUUCAGGCUGGAGACGGUGGACAGCGCGCAGGAAAUCAAGCUGGAAACAGAGUUCAUUAUGAGGCCAAUGGAAGGCGUCAAAUUCAGGCACACGCUGCGACAGAUCGCAGCUCCUCAACAAGGUUUCUGUUUCGGUCUGACCGUCGCCCUGGUGGCUGCCGUCCACUGUGGCCCAGUACCAGAGCCUAAAGCCAAGGCCGCCCCGGGCUACCUGGGAGGCUUCGGAGGAGGUCUGGGAGGCUACGGAGGCGGCUUCGGCGCCACGGUGGUGCGCACCCGCGUGGUGCCAGGACCGACGCAGCUGGUGCAGCCGCCUCCAGUGCUGCAGAGGCAGGUGAUCCAGCCUCCCCCCAUCGUGCAGACCCGCCUCAUCCAGCCCCCUGCACAGCUCGUCCAGGGACCGCCCCAGGUCAUCCAUGAGCAGGCGGACGUCCUACUGGAUGACAAGGACGCACACAGCCUCGCCCCAGCAGAAACCCAAGUAUGCCAAGAAUGGACGCAGUGCGCACUUCGCGGCUGUACCUUCCUCUACGUCUGCACGCCGGCGUCCAGACCUGCUGCCAAUACCAGCGCACCUCCUGCGCCUCCCAGGGGCCAACGCCACAGCAACCGACCGACAUCUGUGCGCAUGUGGCCCGCCGUUACAUACAUUUCGGGCCCCACAGAAUCUACGUCGCUGAGGGUGCUGACCGUCGCCCUGGUGGCUGCCGUCCACUGUGGCCCAGUACCAGAGCCUAAAGCCAAGGCCGCCCCGGGAUAUCUGGGAGGCUUCGGAGGAGGUCUGGGAGGCUACGGAGGCGGCUUCGGCGGUGGCUUCGGAGGUGGCUUUGGCGGUGGCGCCUUGGGAGGCGGAUUUGGAGGCCUGGGCUUCGCCGCCCCCGCCAUCGCCGCGGCCCCCGCCAUAGCCGCCGCCCCCGCCAUCGGCAUCGCCGCCGCUCCAGCCACGGUGGUACGCACUCGCCUGGUGCCCGGACCGACGCAGCUGGUGCAGCCGCCUCCAGUGCUGCAGAGGCAGGUGAUCCAGCCUCCCCCCAUCGUGCAGACCCGCCUCAUCCAGCCCCCUGCCCAGCUGGUCCAGGGACCGCCCCAGGUCAUCCAUGAGCAGCUGACCGUCGCCCUGGUGGCUGCCGCCCAGUGUGGCCCAGUACCAGAGCCUAAAGCCAAGGCCGCCCCGGGCUACCUGGGAGGCUUCGGAGGAGGCGGCUUUGGCGGUGGCGCCUUGGGAGGCGGAUUUGGAGGCCUGGGCUUCGCCGCCCCGGCCAUCGCCGCCGCCCCCGCCAUAGCCGCCGCCCCCGCCAUCGGCAUCGCCGCCGCUCCAGCCACGGUGGUGCGCACCCGCGUGGUGCCCGGACCGACGCAGCUGGUGCAGCCGCCUCCAGUGCUGCAGAGGCAGGUGAUCCAGCCUCCCCCCAUCGUGCAGACCCGCCUCAUCCAGCCCCCUGCACAGCUCGUCCAGGGACCGCCCCAGGUCAUCCAUGAGCAGGUGCGUGAUCAGCAGUGA